UACAGACGUGCGACAAUGUUCACCAUACCAAUAAUAUUCCUAAUAACAGCAGCGACUGCUCUACCAAAUCCUGAAACUAAUGAAUCCACAAAAAAAGUUGAAGUUGUUGAAAGUGCAGCAAGAGCGAUGAAGAAGGAUUGCACCAAUGGGAUAUUUAGUCCGACAUGUCUGAAGAUAGAGGCUAUAUCGAUGCUUGAGAAAUUGAGCGCGAAAGAAGAACUCAGACUUUUGCCAGGAGUGAGCUUAGUUAAGGAGCCCAGUAAGGACAACGGGAGUAAAGUUGAGGAGUUCGCUGCUGAGCUAGCCAGGUCCUUAGCGAAGCCAGAUGAAAGACUUGACAAAUACCUUUUAUACCGCCUUGGAGAUUACUUGGAUACUCAUACGGUGAAAUUAAGGCUGUUGGAUGAGAAUGCGGCUCAAGAAGCGAGAGCUUUUGUUGGAGAAGGCAGGGGAAAAGGUGGAUUUGGGGGAGGCAAGAAAGGGGGUAUGGGAGGACUGCUUGCUGCUGGACUCCUUAUGAAAGGUACCCUCAUGUCAGUAGGUCUGGGAGCCCUCGCACUCCUCGCCGGCAAGGCUCUCAUGACAGCCAUGAUGUCUCUCCUUCUCUCAGCCAUCAUCGGGAUCAAGUCGCUCUCCGGUGGACAAAAGUCGACCACUUAUGAAAUAGUCUCAAAGCCUAUUUAUUCCCAUUCCCAUUCCCAUUCGACCGCCCAUGAGGAUGUUGGGGGAUACGGCCACUCUGGAUACGGCAGGAACUUGAAUGUGAGACGGCGUUAAGUUUAGUGAGGUUGGUUGAGCAAGUAUUGGAGGUUGUACUUUCUUUCUCUUCUUACUUUUUUGAGUUAAUUUAGUUCUAUUUAUUU